UAUUAAUUAAAAUAUUAAAUAAUUAUGGGCAACGCACAAAAAAAUGAUUAGAAGUUAAUUUCUACAAUUUGGUUAGGUGUUAAUGUAAUAAAUAAACCCUAUCUUAGGAUGAUUGGACAUCUAUAAUCAAAGAAAAAUUAUCUCGCAUUUCUGAAGAUUGGGCUACUUCUCUAUUCAAGUGUUUAUAGAGAUUUUCUAACAAAGAGUAAAACAAAUUUAGAAGCAAAAUAAAAUUAAUUCGUAUAAUUAUUUCUUAUUUCAUAGUAAUAGAAAAAUUGAAAGAUGAUCAAUAUGAUGAGCUAUAACAAUAAAGUUAGAUAUUUUUGUAAAUUCAUUUCAAUUUAUUAUGA